AUGCCGCUAAGCAGGAAAGAGAUUGAGCCUACUCGAAAACAGCUUCAAGAAGCAGUUAUAAAAUGCUCAGAGCGAUGUCUAUACCAAUCUGCUAAAUGGGCUGCGGAAUUGCUAACUUCCAUGGAGCUUCCUGAAAGCUAUCAAGAUCAUGAAGGCACACAAAUAAAUGAAUCAGCCAGUGAGCGUUAUAAUUCAGUUCUGUUAUCUGGGAGUUCAAAUCCUGAAGAGGCGCUUUUAGAGGCAAAAGAGAUGAACUCUUAUUUGCUAGCCAAGUCGUUUUUUGACUGUCGAGAGUUUGAGAGAUGCGCCUCAGUUUUUUUACCUGAUACUGUAUUACAGGGGAUUCUCUCUACCUCAUCGGAGAAACCUGCCCCAAAUCUUCAUACACCAAAGGGAAAAGGGAAAAACAAUACGAGCCAAUUACAUGACUCCAGCUACCCCCAUCUUAGUCAGAAAAGCUUUUUUCUUUCCCUCUAUGCUAAAUUUAUGGCAGGUGAAAAGAAGAAGGAGGAGGACACUGAAAUGGUUAUGGGGCCUCACGAUGGUGGACACGUUGUCAACAAGAAUCUAGGUAUUAUAGGCCGAUAUCUCAAAGGAUGGUUCUCUGAGCGGGCAAAUGAAAAUGGCUACUUUAUUGGAAGCGAGGGCUGGCUAGAGUUUCUGUAUGGAACAAUCUUAGCGAGAGAUAAGAAUGAAGAAGAGGCCAUGAAGUGGCUUAUACGAAGUGUCCAAGUUUUCCCUAUGAACUGGGCCUGUUGGCUAGAGAUAACCUCGCUCAUAUGCCGAGUAGAUGAUCUUUGUCGAAUUUCUCCGUUGCUACCUCGGAAUUUGUUCGCUUUUCUCUUUAACAUUCACACCUCUCUCGAACUCUAUCAAGAAUCUACAAGUCUCUCGAAUUCCCUCAACGAACUGGGUGAGGUCUUCCCCAAAAAUCCCUUCCUACUCACUUCUCUUGGUAUAAUGGCCUACCACACAAAAGAUUUUGUCAGUGCGGAAGCACACUUCAGUAACUUACUCACUCUCCAUCCAUAUCGACUCGAUUACCUUGAUCAUUACUCUAACAUCUUGUACGUGAUGAACUAUCGACCCAAACUUUCAUUCCUCGCACAUCUGUGCUCCUCGGUGGAUAAAUUUCGGCCUGAGUCUUGUGUCGUAAUAGGUAACUAUUACUCGCUACUCUCAUCUCAUGAGAAAGCAGUUCAGUAUUUCAGGCGAGCUCUUACACUCGACCGAUCGUUCCUCAGUGCUUGGACCCUAAUGGGCCAUGAGUAUGUAGAGUUGAAAAAUACACACGCAGCUAUUGAAUCAUAUCGCAGAGCAGUAGAUAUUAAUAGGAGAGACUAUCGAGCAUGGUAUGGUUUGGGUCAAACGUAUGAAGUUCUAGAGAUGCAUGCCUACGCCCUGUGGUAUUAUAAGCAGGCCUCUGGCCUACGACCCUGGGAUGGCAAGAUGUGGCAGGCAGUAGGUCAAUGUCUGAAGCGAAUGGGGCGUGAUUUAGAAGGGAUUAAAGCUUUAAAGCGAGCCUUAAUUGCUGAUAGUUACUACGAUAAGGCCGUAGGAAGCUCUUUCGGGUGUAAAAUUAAAGAUAGAUCGGUGAUUCUUGAUCCUGAAAUCCUUUUGGAGAUCGCCGGUAUGUACGAACGCCUCAAUAAUGAUUCCGAGGCCAAAUCAUACAUGGAGAUGUGUAUUGCACAGGAAGAUGGCAUUGAGGAUGACCUUGAGUCUGAAGUUCAGAUUCAUGCUGAAAGUCACUCUUCAGACGAUGAGCCGAGGCCAACUCAUCUCGCUGGUGGGACUGGAGUUACCGCUGCAACGUCCAAAGCACGAAUGUGGCUAGCUAAACAUGCCAUGCGGGAAAGAGACUAUGAGAAAGCACUACAACUGGCCACCGAGCUGUGUCAAGAUGGUGUAGAAAUUGAAGAGGCAAAGGCCCUGGUUAAGGAAACGAGGAUGAGACGCAUAGCUGACAGUUUAGGACAUAGCGAGAUCAGCACUUUACAAUAA